AUGUCUCUCUCCAACAAGCUUAACAUCACCGACGUUGACCUCAAGGACAAGCGUGUCUUGAUCCGGGUCGACUUCAACGUUCCCCUCGAUGACAAGUUCAACGUCACCAACCCUCAGCGCAUUGUUGGUGCUCUGCCCACCAUUAAGUAUGCUAUUGACAACGGCGCCAAGGCCGUUAUCCUGAUGUCCCACCUGGGCCGCCCUGACGGCAAGGUCAACCCCAAGUACAGCCUCAAGCCCGUUGUUCCCGUGCUGGAGGAGAAGCUCGGCAAGAGCGUUAUCUUCACCGAGGACUGCGUCGGCUCCCAGGUCGAGGAGACUGUUAACAAGGCCUCCAAUGGCCAGGUUAUCCUGCUGGAGAACCUGCGUUUCCACGCCGAGGAGGAAGGUAGCUCCAAGGAUGCCGAGGGCAAGAAGGUCAAGGCCGAUAGUGCCAAGGUUGCUGAGUUCCGCAAGGGCCUGACUGCUCUUGGUGACAUCUACAUCAACGACGCCUUCGGUACUGCCCACCGUGGCCACAGCUCCAUGGUCGGUGUUGAGCUUCCCCAGAAGGCCGCCGGUUUCCUCGUGAAGAAGGAGCUGGAGUACUUCGCCAAGGCUCUUGAGAACCCUGCCCGCCCCUUCCUCGCUAUCCUGGGUGGUGCUAAGGUCUCCGAUAAGAUCCAGCUGAUUGACAACCUGCUCCCCAAGGUCAACAGCCUGAUCAUCACCGGUGCCAUGGCCUUCACCUUCAAGAAGACCCUCGAGAACGUUAAGAUCGGUAACUCUCUGUUUGACGAGGCCGGCAGCAAGAUCGUCGGCGACAUCGUCGAGAAGGCCAAGAAGUACAACGUUGAGAUCGUCCUGCCGGUCGACUACGUCACCGCUGACAAGUUCUCUGCCGACGCUACCGUCGGCGCUGCCACCGAUGCCACCGGUAUCCCAGAUGGUCUCAUGGGUCUGGAUGUUGGUCCCGAGUCCGUGAAGCUGUACCAGAAGACCAUUGCCGAGGCCAAGACUAUCCUCUGGAACGGACCCCCUGGUGUCUUCGAGCUGAAGCCCUUCGCCAACGCUACAGAGAAGACUCUCGACGCGGCUGUGGCUGCUGCCCAGUCCGGCGCUAUUGUUAUUAUUGGCGGUGGUGACACUGCUACCGUCGCUGCUAAGUACGGUGUUGAGGACAAGCUGUCGCACGUUUCCACCGGUGGUGGUGCUUCGCUUGAGCUGCUCGAGGGCAAGGACUUGCCUGGUGUUGCUGCUCUGUCCAGUAAGUCUUAA